GCGAUAACUUGACCUUGUACAUAUUAAAACCCUUCAAUUACGUCAUUCAACUACUUAAACGGUAAGCGUUGGCUUCGCCUGGUGGAAUUAUUUCUCAAUUGGACUAAGUUAACCAAUUGUGACGUGAGGUUGACGUCUUAAAGGAGGAUUGUGCGUCUCUCCCUUGUGAAUUCCCAAGCUUGGUUUUAAUUUCAACAUUCCAAUCAUGAAGUUUUUUUGGUCAGAUAGUUGUAAUUUUCCAGUAAUGAAAUCUUCCACGUCAAGUCUUGGCCACAAAGUGGGCCAAGUCGCUCAGCUUCAGCAAUAUUUAGGUGCUCAAGUUAUAGUGAAUAUAUCUAGAUAAUAAAGUAAUCAAACGAGCUUGUUUUUAUGAAGUUGUUCGAGAGAAAUAUAAUUAUUCUCUACAAGCGAAAAUGAACGACUUAGAAGAUAUAUCACCAAGCCUUCGAAAAGAGCUCGCUGAAAUUGAAAGUCAAUUCAAUGUCACCGGGGAAAAGCUCAAGCAAAUAAGCGAAAGAUUCGAGGAAGAGUUGCGAGAGGGCCUCGAAAAUGAAGGAUCCAAUAUUGUAGGCCAGUAACUUAAUCCACCAUCGCAUCGAAAGUGUUAACGGUUAAAUAGUCUAUGAAUGUCACCUGGGUACUUGGGCUUCCCUCUGGCCACGAGAUUGGCGAAUUCGUGACGGUAGAUUUGGGUGGCACCAAC